AGGGGGGGCGGGACUCACCGGAGUCUGGUCCAGUUAAAAGGGUGGGAGCGGCCCCGGGGGCCCAUCUCUCUCCUAGAGUCUUGAGACCGCUGGUGCCGCAGUCCGCAGGAACAUCCUCCUGUCCUCAAUCAUGGCUUGCGGUCUGGUCGCCAGCAACCUGAAUCUCAAACCUGGCGAGUGCCUCAGAGUGCGGGGCGAGGUGGCCCCCGAAGCCAAGAGCUUCGUGCUGAACCUGGGCAAAGACAAGGACAACCUGUGCCUGCACUUCAACCCUCGCUUUGAAGCGCACGGAGACGUCAACACCAUCGUGUGUAACAGCAAGGACGCCGGGGCCUGGGGCGCGGAGCAGCGCGAGUCCGCCUUCCCCUUCCAGCCUGGGACGGUCGCAGAGGUGUGCAUCUCCUUCGACCAGGCCGACCUGACCGUCAAGCUGCCAGAUGGACACACAUUCAAGUUCCCCAACCGCCUCAACCUGGAGGCCAUCAACUACCUGGCAGCCGAUGGCGACUUCAAGAUCAAGUGCAUGGCCUUUGACUGAAGCCAGCCGGCUCAUGGCCCCUAAUAAAGGCAGCUGCCUGUCCUCUCCCUA